GCUGGGUCUGAGCUGGGUGGCCCCAGCAUCUGCCUUCGGCUGCUUGAGACAAGUUCAGGCAGGUAAUGACCCGGGGAGCGUUUGGUGAAGUCGCCAAGCUGAGGGAAAGCGCUGGGUUUGGUUCUCCAGGGGGUUACUUCUGCCAAACCAGCCGUGUGCCUCUGUAUUGCCAUCCGUAAAACAAAGAUAGGAGUGAGUGUCUGUGAGGCUGUCAGAGCUGUAGUGAAACAGCAGGGUCUGCCAUGGCUGUGGUGGAGCAAGCGCUUUGCAGCAGGGACCAGCCCUCCAGAGGACUCUGAUGCUGGCUGGUGGGAUGAGUUUGGCUGAUGCCCAGUGGCUGGGGGCUCCUGAGUCCCUGGGGGGGUGAAGGUGUCAAUGACAAUUCCCAGUGUAUGGGCAUGAAAUGGGCUGGCUUCGAUAGAUGCAAGUGCUGCUUGCUUUUACACCUUCAUCAGGCUCUGAUGGCCCUGCUCGAUGCUGGGGUGACCUAGACUGAGCUUGGCCAAGGCUUUGCACAGCUACUGCGUGUCUCUCAUGAUAGGUGUGCUGGUCCUGGAGCCUCUGUGCUCCACAAAUGAAGCCACUCACAGGGACCUCGUUGGGAGAGGGGGAAGAGGAGGCGCAGGGACUGACCCAGGGGCGCCGGCGGCGGCAGCGGCAGAGAACGAGCUGCCGACCCGGCCCCUCACCCCGGAGGGAGCAGCAGGCAGAGCUGUCCGGGCUCCCCACGUCUCCAGAUGAAGGCAGGAUGAGCAGUCCCCAGAGGCACCCAGACAGGGUUUUGGCUGGGAGCCAGCAGAGUGUGGAGCACGACAAUGAGGUGCCAGGCAGGGACAGGCAGGAGCAGGCUGCUCACACCGGGGACAGUGACAGGACUGAAGAAGGUGCAGAAACCCUGGAGGAGCCAGUGCUGAGUUUCCCCGGCGAGCUCUCGGUGCUGGACAGACUAGGCUUGCACAGGGUGGCUUUGACAGAGCAGGAUCUGGAGGCAGCCUUUGCCCACCUCGCGCUGGCUUUUCGCUGUGACAUGUUCACCCUGCAGCAACGGGUUCAGGUGGAGAAACGGGCACGGGAUGCAGCAGAGGAAAACAUCCAGGAGGAGCUGGGGCAGUGCCGGGCUGCCCUGGAGAGGCUGGGUCCAUCCUGUGCCAGUGUGGGCUGCAAGGAGAUGCUGGAGCAGCUGCAGCACAACCUGGCUGUGCUGUCGGCAGCUGUCGAGCGGGCAACCAGCGCUGCGGAGAAGCUGGGGGCUGUACACCAGGAGGCCCGGAUGAGCCGAGCAGCAGAGGUGAUGGUCCAGCACGUGGAGAACCUGAAGCGGCACCACAUGCGGGAGCACGCGGAGCUGGAGGAGAUGAAGCGCCUGAUCCAGCAAAACUCCCGCAACCGGCAGCUGGCAGAGACCCAGGAUGAUGUGGAGCCACGGCUGAGGCCUCACCCCCUGAAGCGAACUUUCCAGCAGGGGUCUGCCCGCCGCAGAGUCAGCAUCGCUGUCAUCCCCAAGCAGCUCUUGCCAGGUGCCAGCCCCGACAGCCGAGCAGCCCUGGCAGGUGAGACGGAGCCAGAGGGGGCCCAGCGCUGGCCCAGCACCCAGAGGAGUGAGCUGGAGCCACAGGGCCGGGGCAGCGCCACGACGGGGGAGCUGGUGGCUGAGGCAGAUGGCAGAGGCUCAAGGGCAGGGGAUGAGGAGCCGGAGCAGCUUGGGCUGACGUCCAAGGGAUCCGCAGUGGAGCUGUGGCGGCCGUGGCUCUUCCUCCCGCAGCACUACUGGGUUUUCUUCUGGCUGCUUCUCCUGAGCAUCGCCUUCCUCCUCCUCAUCCGUGUCCUAGAGCUGCAGCGGCUGCAGUCUGCAGCAUCGCCCAAGGCCUAGCUGGACCAGGGAGGGGAAGGCAGCUGGGAGGUGUCACUGCUCCUUCCCCAUGCCAUAAAUCACCAAAACUCUAGAAUAAUAAAGUUAGAGGAAAAAUGGGGGAAUUGUAAUGCUGGAGCAGGUGGAACACCCUGUGGUAGGAUCUAAGGUAUGGUUGGCAGCACCACAUAAGCGUGAAGGGUUCAGGGAGCUGCAGCAGUCCUCACUGACGCCGUGAGUUUGCCUGUUCUCGGCACACUGAGGGGUGCAGGUGCAUCCCCACACGUCCCCUCUGCUGGGGACAGACUGGGCUGCCCACAGCCAUGGCAUUUC